AAUCCACCCAACCCAGCACGGAACAAAAACAAAAGAACACCCACCGCGCGAAGCAAAGCAAAGCGAAGCAAAGCGAAGCAGAGCCAACCAAUAGGCUCCCCCACAUGUUCCUGUCCCUCCUCUUUCUCUCCCCUCGAAGGAAUAGAAAGGAGGGAGGAGCAGCUCCCUGUGGUUGAUCUUGAUAUUUUCUUGAGGUCGACUCUCUCUCUCUCUCUCUCUCUCUCUCUCUCUGGGCUCCAUUUGAAGUCUGUCCACACAGAGAGAAGCGAGGGCAUGGGAAACGCAUAGGACAAACCAAGGCAAGAUCAGGCCACCCUUUUUUCUGUUGAUUUCUGGGUAGUGAUUGAUAGGACAGUUCCCUCGGCUGCGAAAAAAAGUUAAAGAAAAUGGUGGGUCUCUUCUCAAAGUUCUCUGUGCACAGAGGUGGCCAUCGACGGGCUCAAAGCGCUCUGGAUGGGAGGGAAGUAGGGCCUCCAAAUGCAGAGGAUGCUAGCGCUGCCACUGCUGCAGCUGCUGCUUCUCAUGGCAUUGAAGUGGCGGUAGAGUUUAAGCCUGUUGAACAUCCAAUCGAACCUCUUGAUAAUGACCAACCAAUUCAGUGCCCUCUGCCUGAACCUUCAAUUCUAAAUGAUGGAAGAAUUUGGAAAGAGCGAGUAUCUGCGACUGUGCGGAGAAGAGUUGACCUACCCAUCAUGAAAGAAAGUGGGUCUAUUGAAUCUGAAUCUACCGCUGGGUCAAGACAACGACCAGCUACCAUCAAUCGCAUGAUUUUGCCCUCAAUGAGCGCCCCAGAACACAAUCUUCUAAAGUUACUAGAAGAAUGUAACGCCCCCGGGAUGUGAUAACUUCUUGUGAUUCUCAUCUUGCCAGUUGCUCGAGAGAUUGAAAUCGACAAUUUGAAUACCUGUUCCUCACUUGCCUCCUUUCCUAUGUGUACCCUUAAUUUCGUAUUGGUUCAUGAAUAUAUAUGUAUCCACAGAUGAGUCGAUUGAAGGAAACGGUUCACACAUCUAAUCGUUUGAAGGUAUAAAAGUUUCAGUUUCUGCAUA